GAAACAGUGGUUCCUGAUUUUGUUGGUUGUUACAACACGGCUUGCAUGCUGUUUGGCUUCAGAACAAAAAUGUCUGGAUUUUGUUGGAGAGUAAUUGUGCUCUCACUGUUGACUUUUGGGCUGCAUGCAAAGGCACUAACCUACAGAAAUGGAGACUACAGCGGCAUUAGACCCUACUUUAAUUUUCCAAGAAGCCGCAAACCGGCUUUUGCCUCUUCUGGUGAUGAGAGCUCUGGACGUAGUUACACUUCAUCUGAGACCCUGAAGCCAGCUGCUGCACCUAGUGUGGGACGUUCUAAUGGGCAAGUAGAUGGUUACAGUCCAGAGGGAAGUGUUUCCAGUUACAGGCCUGGACCACCGAUAAUUCAGAAACCCAGACAUAACCCACAGCAGCCACCUCAAACAAAUCCUAAUGCAAAUGGGGUUCUCCAGACCAAAGCUGGCAUGUGGAAUUUUCCAUUUUUCCAGAAAGGAAACAAUUUUGAGUCGGGUAUCGUUUCAAGUUCUGGAAUUGAGAUGCUUUCUCAUCCCCGACUUAAGCUCGAUUCCCCUUGGCUAGCCCAGCCCCAGCGGCCCCAGCCGCCCGCCUACCCGGCCAAGCCGCAGCAGCCCCAGCCGCCCGCCUACCCGGCCAAGCCCCGGGAGCCCACUCAUUCAUCCACGCUCCAGUUGCCGGCCUACCCGGCCAAGCCGCAGCAGCCGCAGCAGCCCCAGCCGCCCGCCUACCCGGCCAAGCCCCGGGAGCCCACUCAUUCAUCCACGCUCCAGUUGCCGGUCUACGUGGCCAAGCAGCAGCAGCCACCUGCCUACUCAGGCAAACACCAGCCAUCCACCUACCCGGCCAAGCCGCAGCGGCCCCAGCCGCUCACCUCCCCGGCCAAGCCCCAGCAGCCCACUCAUUCAUCCACGCUCCAGUUGCCGGCUUACGUGGCCAAGCAGCAGCAGCCGCCUGCCUACUCGAGCAAACCCCAGCCACCCACCUACCCGGCCAAGCCCCAGCAGCCCAGUUAUUCAUCCACGCAGCCGCAGCCGCAGCCGCAGCCGCAGCCCGCCUACCCGGCCAAGCCCAAGCCGCAGCCGCAGCCCGCCUACCCGGCCAAGCCCAAGCCGCAGCCGCAGCCCGCCUACCCGGCCAAGCCCAAGCCGCAGCCGCAGCCGCAGCCCGCCUACCCAGUCAAGCCGCAGCCGCAGCCCGCCUACCCGGCCAAGCCCCAGCAGCCCAGUUAUUCAUCCACGCUCCAGUUGCCGGCUUACGUGGCCAAGCAGCAGCAGCCGCCUGCCUACUCGAGUAAACCCCAGCCACCCACCUACCCGGCCAAGCCCCAGCAGCCCAGUUAUUCAUCCACGCAGCCGCAGCCGCAGCCCGCCUACCCGGCCAAGCCCAAGCCGCAGCCGCAGCCCGCCUACCCGGCCAAGCCCAAGCCGCAGCCGCAGCCCGCCUACCCGGCCAAGCCGCAGCCCGCCUACCCGGCCAAGCCGCAGCCCGCCUACCCGGCCAAGCCGCAGAAAUGGGUUCUCCAAAGCAAAGCUGGCAUGUGGGACUUUCCUUUCCUUGGAGGUGCUGCUUCUGGCUCUCAUGUGCAGCCCACUGACUCAAACCCACAAAUGAAUGUUGAUCCAAGAAGUUCAAGACCAAUUCCAAUUUCAUCGCCGUACCAUCCCAGGUGGCAGCAGCCACUGGUGCCUGUGCAUGACAGACGCUAUUGAUCUUGGAUUGUAAUGGUUCUUUACCUCCUCGUGGAAGCAGUGUUUUUUUUUUUUUUGUUUUUUCCUGGCAUCAACUGUACUUGUGAAAUACAAUAAAGUAUUUGGAACUGCA